AUGGCUUCAUGGAAAAUAGUUCUGGAGCCUGGCGAUGAGGAGAAAAUCGUGUACACUUCAUUCGCCAAUUCCAGAAAGUAUUUCGCCCUUGAUGCUUCUGGAUCUACAGUUGGCAUUCGAUUCAUUUCGAAACACAAUUUUGCAGAUGCAUUUCACGAAGUCUCUAUACGAAAAGAUGAAGAUAGAGUCACGAGAUGGGGUUCCAACUGUAAAGACCCAACGAACUGGGAGCAAUGUUUCUGGGCUCCUGACCAGGGCGGAACCCAACCACAACAUAUAUUGAGGAACCAAAAGUCGAUGCAAGCGAUUCGGGAUUCUGACAUUUGGUUCUUACUUACAGAUGGAGAGGUCCCAAAUUCUGAGGUACACACGCUGGCGGGGUUGGGACAAGAGCUGGGAGUGUUUGAUUGCGCGACGAUGUUUUUGAUUACGUCACAUACAAGGAAUGCACCAAGUCAUGCCAAUGUAUCCGUGGGUGUCACAUCCUAUGCCAAUUUUGCGAAUGCACUAUGCCUAUUCAAAGAUCAAGAAAGCAAUCAAAUCUAUGUAAUAGUCAGCAAAGGCGCUUUUGCAGCAUUAGAUCAAGCAGAAGAACACGAUACGUGGGAGAAACUAACCAGUUUUUCCAGCGAAGCAGAGUUGAUCGAAAGAAUUACCGAGCUAGAAAUUCAUGUCCCAACGGCGGAAACAAGAAUUGCAACACCAACUCAGCUCAAUUUAGGCGAAGAAUGGAACACGUCUCACAACAAUUCCCAACCUACCUUGGUAGACAUUGACAUGCUUCUUCGAGCAGGAGUUAUCUCGGAUGAAGAUCUUGAUCUACUCUUUGCAGAUGAAGCACUCGAUGCUCUGCUUCUAGCCUGUAAGUCUCGCGGAAAGCUGAAUAAACUCCGAUCAUUCCUCCUCGCCCAAAAGGUCGAAAAAUUGACGAUUAAACUCGAAGACGUAUCCGGCGCUGCGGAGCUCAUUCAUCUUCUCGCUGAUACAGAGAUAUCUGGCGAGACUAGAGCCCUCCUACAAUCUAAACUAAGAGAUGCCCAUGAGGCAAACUGUAAAGCUUAUACCGCAGCUCAAAAUGAUGUACAAUUACAGGCUAUUCGGGAUCGUAAUCGGAAAGUAGAUGCAUCGCUACGUGCUCUAGCUGAUUCGGAAAAAUCUGGGUUUACGGCAGAAAUUCUCUCAAGAAGAUCAAACCGAGCACGACGCGCUGAAAACAUCUCGGCAGACUCUGCAGUGGAUGUUUCGGUGCUAGAUCUUGAAGCCCCAGGCUUUAGAGGUGAAUGCCAGGUUUGCUGCGGGGACAACGAAGUCCUGUCUAUUGCUCUGAAAGUACUGAGCGCAGAUGCCAUGGCAGCCAAUACCGAUAACUUUGCUCUUGACUUCCCCUUGGCAGCUGGGAGAUUCGAGGCGAACAUGAAUAUACUGUCUAGUCAGUGUAUUUGUUUUCAAUGUGCUUUAUUUGGAAGACCUGGUAAUUCUAUCUACGGAGAAGAAAUUUCGACCGUUAUUCCCACUCUAGAGUACACUGGGAGUAAUAAAUUGUACAUCCACCAGCAGCUUUACAAAGCACUCAAUGCGGGGCUAAAAACUAGGGUUCCAGCUAUGGGACAAUUGUUUGCGACAAUUUUGGAUCGUACGUUGAGGGUCAAGAAGUGGGCUGGCGCCGGCUUUGAAGAUGAGAAAGAAAGUAUAGAUGCAGAAAUUCUACAGAGGAGUAAUGCAAUAACUUGGGUUCUGAAUAAUAUAAUCUCACAUCUCCGAGUGAGGGAAACAUUCAACGAACUGGGUCAAUGGACCACCUACCCGCUCGCUCUUACUCGGGCAGCACAAGAUUUUCAAAAGGAAGGCUUAACAUCUUGGUGUAUCAAUUAUCCUGUAGCGGGUUUUAUGCAACUCCUACGUUUCGGAAAAACACUGAAUGUAUUCUCCGACGAGACCAUCACGAAUAUGAAGAAUACCAAAUUCCUACAUUCAUUCGUCUCGACCUUCCUUGCACGGCUCUAUAAAAACAUGGGUAAACCCCGCGACUGGACAAAACCUCUGUUGGAAAUUCUUUACGUGGAGUUUAAUGACGAUCUAAUUCCAAAAGAUUUGGGAGGCGAUGCAUCGAUCCUAAGAUCAGUACCGGUAUUCUGGAAUACACUGAUGAAAUUCAUGCCUGCAGAAGAUUUUCCUAAAGGUUGGACAGAGGAAGAAUCAAAAAAGAUGAUGUCUCGAAUUCAAAUCCUCGCUUUCUGGCUAGUGUUUUACCAAUUCGCGCAUACAUCUGCCAAGACCUAUUUUGCACAAUUGCGCUCCAAGGAACCGUUAGCUGUUGUUUUGCUGGAUACAAAAGCCGAGGCUCCUGAAAAUGCUGUUGAUGAGAUACUGCUGAGUAUAUUCAUUGAAUCUAAGCCAGAGUUUAAGAAUGAAGAUGCGUAUACUAGCCACAGCAAUGUUGUGGUCCCUUUCGAAAGCCCUUUUGGUGCAUCUGUACUCCACUGCGGAGCUCCAGAUUGCAGUAUUUCGUUCCUACCAGAGGAAGUCUCGUUGAAGCAAAUUGCAGACGAGGAAAUAGAAUGGACACCUCGACUAUUGAAUCAAGAGAAGAGGAAUUUGACAGGUGCCAUUCAAUCUUCGUGGAUGGUUAAUUGUGAUGAAGAGGAUGAAAAAGUGAUCGAGGAGUUCCGAGGAAAUGCAUUUGUGGGGUUGGGAGGGGGCAAUGUUUAUUCGGCGACACUGGAGAGGGACAUUAGGGCCGUGUUGCCCAGCUUUCUGGAGGUUUUGAAGGUGGGGUUGGCGAUGGAGAAGAAAGAGGGGAUGUGCGAGGAUGUGAGUUUGUAUGAGUGCGAUUUUGGAGAGAAUAGGGUGGCGAGGAAAAUAAGGUGGAGGUGGAGUCUUUGA